AUGAGUAAAAAUUUUGAACGUACGAUGCAAGUUGUUAAUGGAUACAGGAAGCUUGCUGAAGAACAUAACUGGAAGAAUUCAGAUCAAUCCAUAUUUCCGAUUUCCAAUGAAAAUAUAAAGAAAUUUAUGGAGUACAAAGAAAAAACUUGCAGUGAAACGAGCGUUAAGUGGUAUUGUGAUUUUCUAUAUAAAUACGAAGUAGAAAUUUUGCCGAAUUUGGUGGAAGGCGCGAAAUCAAAUGUUGAGAUCAAUAAUGACACGAAUAAAAACUGCAGCAACAGCAAAAAGAAUAAUAGCCUUAAAACAAAAGAAAUGAGUGGGUUAAUUAUAAUUGAAGACAGUGACGAAGAAUCUGCAAAAGAGACAAAUCCAAGUCCAAUUGUUAUCUUAAGCGAUGAUGACGACAUUGAAUUCGAUAAAUUGUCCAUGACUUAUAUUGAAGAUAUUGGUGAAGGAAAAGAUGAAGGAAAAGGUGGUGAUGACGACGUCAAAUUCGAUAAAUUAUCCAUGACUUAUAUUAAAGAUAUUGGUGAAGGAAAAAGCGAAGGAAAAGGUGAAGAAAAAGGCGAAGGGAGAGGCGAAGGGAAAGACGAAAAAAAAGGUGAAGGGAAAGGUGAAAAAAAAGGCGAAGGAAAAAGUGAAAGGAAAGGCAAAGAUAAAGAAGUAGAGAACAUCAACUACCCGUCGAAUAUGAGAAAGACAAUAUCCAAUACUGCCAAACACUUUCCUGAAAAAAUUCCCUCCAAACGAGUUUUUGAAAGUUUUGAGGCUUCUUCGUCUUCUGGAACAAAAUUUAAAGAAGCUACUGGUAACUUGAGUCUUGGUGAAAAUUAUUAUUCGACUUUUUUUGGCGAAGCUUCGGGCGAUGAUUGUAAUGAGGAAAAACUCCCACAAGCUGAAGAACUGCCAGAGUUUUCUACUGAAUCUGCUGUCUUCGUGCCGUUUGGUUGA